UGACGUUUCAAGUUAUAACCUUCUAUCCGCAGGUAUACCCUUAGCUUUGUUCCCUCCGCCCCAUCCUACGUACAUAUUCCCAAACCAAACCGCGGAGACAUUCUCCGACAUGGCUUCAAUUGGCUUCUUCAAGAUGAAUACAAGCAUGGAAGUUGUUACAACUAUCGCCACCUACGGGCAUGAUAUCAACAUUGUCCGACGGGCAGUGGAAAUGUACAUUGUGGCCAAAAAGAAAAAGGGUUGCUCUGAACAACACAUACACGAAAAAUUAGAAAAAUUGGAGCUCAAGUUCAUGCACCUAGAGGAAUUGCAUCCCGCUUGGAGAGAGGCUCGGGCGUUAUUCCAGCUUCGCAGAUCUGAUCACAUCCCCUUGCCCACGUCAAUUGUUCGCGAGCGUGAAAAUGAGCAGCGGCGCCAAUCGGAGUGGGAGUCGUCCUCAGUGGCACUGUCGAGCCCAGUUGCUUCUUCGGCAUCAACUUACUCAUCGCCUUCAGCAUCCACUUAUACAUCAUCUUCAGCAUCCACUCGCACAACAUCAACUCGUCCUUCAUCAGCGCCGUCUAUUGCAUCAGUGACUUCUAACUCGCCAUCACCUCUCAGCUGUGGUAGCACAAGCAAGCAAGGUCUAUCAGGACAUGACGCUCCAUCUCAUGCUCAUCCAUCUCGCCGCGAUACAGCACUGUCCUUACUCUCCCAGUAUAGUGACGACUCGGAGCCCGAUGACCAAGUGUUCAUAUCGUCGUCAGGCAAUCCGCAGAAUUAGCAUGGGGGGUGUGGCAUCCACGGCCUCUUUUAACUUAUUAUCUCGCUGCGCGUGAAAUUUCUGUCUCCUGUGUCACUCUUCCUUUCGGAACUAUAUGGUGUAUUUCUACGCAUCCCAGAGCCUCGUCAUCACAUGCUUUUACCAGUCCUACUCUUCAUACAUCCUUA